ACUAGGCUGGACCCGUGGCUCAUACACCGGACCAGACUUUGCAUUUCAAACGGAAUUCUUUGGAAAAACUUUUUUUACACCGGAGAGCCUACUUAUCAACUAGAUUACCACUGCGUCUUGUUUCAAGGCAUGAUUUAAAAGUAAUGUGGAUUAAGUGUUAAAGCAUAAAAUAGGAGUGAAUGCAACCACGCCUACUCCGUCAGAAUGAAGGCAUUACCCUCAGGACUGUCUUACCUGCGAUGGAAUCUCCUGGCGCUUCUGUUUGUUUUGGCGGCAAUGAUGUCGAAGGGCCGCGCCUGCCCGAGAUCCUGCGCGUGCUACGUUCCCACUGAGGUUCACUGCACUUUCAGAUACCUGACCGCAAUACCACGCGAGAUUCAGCCGGUUGUGGAACGAAUUAACCUGGGAUACAACAGCUUAGCAGUAUUGAGAGAAAACGAUUUUACCGGCCUGGAAAAUCUGGAACUAUUGAUGCUUCAUAGUAACACCAUCAGUAAUAUUGAAGACCGGGCUUUCAAUGACCUCAAGUCUUUGCAAGUGCUAAAGAUGAGCUACAACAAAGUAAAAGAAAUCAACAAAGACACGUUCAGUGGUCUUCACAGUUUGGUGCGCCUCCACAUUGACCACAACCAAAUCGAAUUCAUCAACCCAGAGACCUUCUAUGGUCUGACCAACCUACAGCUGGUCCACCUGGAGGGCAACCUCCUACAGCAGCUCCACCCAGACACCUUCAUCACCCUGCGCCAUAGCCAGGUGUUCAAGUUGUCCUCCGUGAAGAGCAUCUACCUGUCCGACAACGCCCUCACCAGCAUACCGGCAGACCUGUUCGCAGGCUGUUAUCAGCUGGAGAAUGUGUAUCUCCAUGGAAACCCUUGGUCUUGUGACUGCCACAUGGAUUGGCUGACCGAGUGGGCUGAAAAGAACCCUGGUGUGCUGAAAUGCAAACGAGACAAGAAGGCCUCUCACAGUCCAGCAUGCCCAGUGUGUGAAUCACCAGUUACUGCCCGAGGGAGAGGCCUGACUCAGCUUGCCCGUGACGACUUUACCUGCACCAAGUCCUGGAUCCACCCUUACUUGAAGCAGAGGAACUUCACGCUGGACGAGGACGACUUCACCCCAGUCUCUGCAAAGGACUUCAUCGCCCCCAUUGGCACGCUGCAAAUGAAUGUGACGGACGAGGUCCACAACGACGCCACCUUAGCUUGCGUUGUUCAGAGGCCAUCUGGGGUGGAGAAUCUGAACCUGACACAAAUGGGGGACGACGAGGAUGUCACCGUGCUGAGGGCGACCAUCAGCACGUCACUGGUCUGUAACAUCGACUACGACCAGAUUCAGCAGCUGUGGCGCGUUUUGGCCAUGUACAGCGAUACGCCUAUGAGACUGGAAAGGGGACUACUGCUGUCAAUGUCACCAGAGAUGACCUACAAAUACCGACAGGCCCGGCUGCCGGACGAGGAAAUUUACACUGAGGUUGAAGCAGAUAUCAAAGCCAAUCCGGCGUGGCUACUGCAAGGACAGAUUAGCCUGCAGCUGGACCGAACAACCACUACGUUCUCCACACUUCAUAUUAGGUACUCGUCGUCUGUCCAGUUGCGUGUGGACAGCAGAAACCUCCGCAGAGACAGGUACAGCUGGUCGAUGAUCAAACAGGAUAAUCAGACAAAGACGGAGCAUGCUGUUGUAACUGGCAGCACAGCGGUGCUCAACUGUGAGACAUUUGGAAACCCCAAACCCUCCAUGGAGUGGAUCUUGGCAGACGGCAGCAAGGUCAGGGCGCCGUACCAGAGCGAUGACCAACGGAUUACAAUCAGCGACUCGGGGAAGCUCACCCUGAGAUCGGUGGACAAAUCAGAUGCUGGGAUUUACCGAUGUAUUGCAACAAACUACCUGGAUGCCGACGUGUUGAUCUUUCGCAUUACAGUUUUGUCCCCAGAUGUGGAGGAGACAGAGGUGAAUGGGGUUCAGAUGACCCGCUCACUGGGCCAAAGCUUGCUCCUGGACUGUGGAUCUACUGGGAACCCUAGAGCUUCUAUUCAGUGGGUACUUCCUGAUCACUCAGUCUUGGACCAGACCAAUGGGAACAGACAUGUUUACAUUAAUGGCAGCUUGGGGAUACAGUCACUGACAGAGAGAGACCGAGGAUUUUACAGAUGUUUGUCCUCGAAUUAUCUCGGGGUGGAUUUGUUAACGUCCCAAGUGAGUAUUGCCGAUGAGGGGACAAAGCAAGUGCAAAUAAUAGAUUCCGAGGGCUCAGGGCUCAAUGAGAUUGAUGCCGACUCCGAGGAGACUGAGACCACUCACAGUGGACUUAUUUAUUCUAAGUCAUCUCAACGGACUAACCAGGAGUCAAGGACCAUCACCUCAGACAGGCCGUAUCCGAGGAAUAAGCCACCGCCCACCAGAGGAGGUCACAGGAGAGGUAACCCCUUAAGCAACAGGAGAAAAUGGGGAAGCAGGCGGGUAUUCGAUAAGGGAUCUCGAAGGGUGGAUCCUCAAAAAUUUGCAGAGUUCAUGAAGAAAGCUCAGUCUGGCCAAACAACAAACAAUGAGAUAGGGAAAGCCGAUCAGGAACAUGGAAACACCAAAACAGAUCUGGGGCUCUCUGGAGAUGGGGAUUUGGGUUCAGGAGAGGGUUUUUCUGAGGAUCAAAUUGUAGCGAUGCCAAAUGGUGUGGUGACAAUCACAGAAAUGCCAGAGACCAACCAGUAUGAUGAGGUAACAACCAAGGGAUCAGAGGACAGUCAAGAUAGCGCGAUGACAACCACAGACACUUAUGUGCAUUUAUAUGACAACCAGGAUGGACACAUGACAACCACUGAAUCUUUAGACAAAUAUGAGAGAGCUGUUAUGUCAACAACUGAAAUAUUAGACGAUAAUCAGGAUGGUGUUUUGAGCACUACUGAAUCCAUAGACAACAUAUGGAGUGAGGUUGUGACAAGAACGGAAUCCUCAGAUGACUCUCAGGACUAUGAAAUGACAACUACAGAGAAUCCAGUUGACUCUGUCACCAGUGCCAUCACAACAGCUGAGACUAGAGACAAAUUAACGCCUGGACCUCACCACAGGUCUGACAUCUCACCGGUGCUGUUCCCAGCUCUCGGUGUCACCACUAGCAGCUAUGACAUUCAAAGAGACGAAACAACACCAUUUGAAAAUAAACAUACUUACUCCAGGGGAUUCAGUGACAAUAGACGGUAUACUUUUCAAACAAGACCCAAAGACUCGUUUAAGCGACCAGUCACACUUAAGCUCACGGUGACUGAAUCCACUGACGAGAUGCAGCUCAUGUUCUCUGGCGACACACCUGAGUCUUCGACUGAGGGGAUGUCUAUUGUCAACAGCCAGAACCCAAAUGUCACUCCGAUGAUGGAUGGACUGGCCCCGAGACUGAAGCCAGUUGUUCACACGUCCACUGACCCUGACAGCCAGACUACAUUCACAGCUGUGACCACAACAGAACGUGAGCAAGACGAAAUCACCUUUCACACUACUCAGAGGAUCAAGUCUCACCGCCUUCCAGCUGGAUCCACCAUCAUCUCACGCCAACAGAUAGAAAUAAUACCUCCCCACAGGAGGAGGCCGGGACGGAGACGCAACUUCCCCAACAGGCGAAGAAUAAUUCGACCAAACAAGAUCACAGACAUCCAGUCCUACCUUGAUAAACUCAAGAAGCCUUCGGUCUCACAGAAGGGGGCGGCCACAGUGCCAUAUUCAGUAGAGCUCAGCACAGAUUGUGGAGAUUGUGACGACACAGCAGGUAGGAAGAAUACAGCAGAGGAAAGUAACACUAACAUUCACAGUUCUUCGCCUCAAAGAACGGAAAAGCCCAUCAGGGCCAAUACCUUCACAAGAUCUCCAGAGCAAUAUCCUGAGAAAAUAACACAAACAUUUACCUCAGGCCCUGUUACCCUGCACGUAAGAACUGAAGGAGCUAAUAGUUACAUGACUUCUGCAGAUGCCCCUGAUCUGGAACCAACACAAGAUCCGGUGGCAUAUCAACCAACAACCACUAAAGCUACUACAACUACAAAGUCAUCCAAAGUUAUUCGAGGUAAAAUACCCUGGCAUAAACUGUUUGGAACCAAAGAGGGCCAAAAAGAACUGCUAAACAGGCUUCGUAAACCAGUUAAACCAGCCACCACAACAACCACAACCACAGUCACAACUACAACUACAACCACACCUACAACUACUUCAGCAAUCCCAACCACUACCGAAGCUGAAAUGGAAACAACCUUCCUGCCAACUGUGGAGUCUCUUGUGGCACCAGUAACACUACCACCUGCCAUGUCUGAGAAAGAUCUUGAGACAUCAGGAUAUGACUCUGAAGACUCUUUCAGCACCAUAACAAAAGAAGAGUCGACCACGGCGACCCAGGCUCCGACCACACAGGAGACAACUACAACUGCUCCCACAUAUGGCUCCAGAUUCCCCUCAACCACGGACUCAUCCUCAAGUGCAAAGACUCUUGAUGUGCCACCAACAAUGAAGCCCAUAGAGGAGGCUGUUGAAUCCAGCUUCUCUGGUUCUGACUCUUGGGGUUCAGGAACAUGGACGCCCCGAAGGGUUGGGGGACAAAACAGGCGAUUUAGAGGGCGAGGGCGUUUCAGAGGCCGAAGGCCCAUGAGGAAACCCACCACAAAAACUCCAACCACAACAACAACAACAACAAUGGCAACAACAACGACAACAACAGAGGUGCCUACUACAACGACCGAGCUGCCAGAAACCUCCACUUUAAUGGAAACUACCACAUUAGUGCCACGGCCAGUAUCAAAGAGCCAUUCAGGAGGUGUGUCACGGCCACUCUACACACACUUCUGGGAGAAAGAGAUUGCUGUAGUGUCCUCCCCAUCUGGAACCAUGGACUCAUAUGGUGUAGAGUGGAGAAUCCCAUCAUAUUUCACCACCAAUCGGCCGAGGGAAUACACCACGUCAAGGCCCACCACACCCUCCAGAACCACUCCAUCCUCACGGCUGUAUGGAACCCCACGGUCUCGAGUGCAGACCAGCAGAGAUAACAGAAUGUACACCAAUGGCAGAGUGCCCCCUGGCAGGUAUGGGCAUUCCCCAACACAUAGACCUCCAGUCAGACCAGUGAGACCCACCAUGCCUGUCAUCACAGAGGGAUCUAAGAGGAGGACAGACACAGAAAGGACACUGACCUCUGUCAGGACAACAGACCUCCCAACAAAGCCAGAAUACACCAACAGGCCCUCCCUUUAUGACUAUGACGACGUUGAUAACACGUACGACCACCAGGCCAAAGAGUACGACACAACAACGUCCAUCAUUACGGAGCCAUCCACGGAGGAUAUGCCGGCCAAGCCGAGGAUUGUGGGGGGCAACGCUGCCAGCUUCACGGUGCUGUCGAACUCCGACGCAGUCCUGCCCUGCGAGGCGGACGGUAACCCCACACCCACCAUCAGCUGGAGGCGCUUCCUGACCAGCACAGAAUGGGUACUGCUUGGGACCACACUGACCGUAAGAGGAAAGAUGGGCAAGUUCGAGGUCCUCCAAAACGGAACUCUGUACAUCCAGGAUGUGAACAUAAAGGACCGGGGCCAGUACGUUUGUCUAGCCGAGAACGACUACGGCUCUGACAAGCUCAUCGUCACCCUGUCUGUGGUGGCGUACCCGUCGCGCAUCCUCGAGCCCAAGGUCCGAGACAUCAAGGUGCAUUCUGGGAACACAGUCGAGAUGAACUGCAAAACCGAGGGUCGGCCCACACCCCUGGUGUCAUGGAUCCUGGCCAAUCGGACGCAGGUGAGAGGCCAGGACACCGAUCACGGGCGAGUCUCGGUCACACCUGAGGGGACGCUGGUCCUCCGCCACGUGUCCGUGUACGACCGCGGUCACUACAAGUGCAUCGCCAGCAACGCCGCCGGGGUGGACACGGCCACCGUGCGCCUGCAGGUCAUCGCAGCGCCCCCCGACAUCCUGGAGGAGAAGCGACAGCAGCUCAGCGUCCGCUCCGGCGACGACCUGUGGCUGCCGUGCACGGCGAAGGGCACCCCCCAGCCCACAGUCCACUGGGUCCUUCCCGCUGGGUCAGUGGUUCACCCACAGCGCUACGCUGACCGGAGGUCCUCGGCGUUCGCCAACGGCACUCUCCACCUGAAAAGCGUGACGACAGCAGACAGCGGUGUGUUCGAGUGCAUCGCCAACAGCCCCGCCGGCUCAGAGCGGCGAGUGGUCACCCUCACCGUGGAGGCCACUCAGACUCCUCCGCAGAUCGUUGAGGUGUCCCAGAGGAGAACUGACCUCGAGUUUGGGGAUCAACUCCAGCUCAACUGCUCGGCCUCCGGGGACCCCAAACCCAGGAUCGUGUGGAGACUCCCGUCCAAGGCAGUGGUUGACCGGUGGCACAGGAUGGGCAGUCGGCUUCAGGUCCUCGAGAACGGCACUCUCAUCAUCGACUCCGUCAGUGAGAAGGACGCUGGCGACUACAUCUGUGUUGCCCGCAACGAUCUCGGCGAUGACCUGCAGCUCCUGAAAGUCGGCGUGUCCAUGAAACCGGCGAAGAUCGAGACCAAGGCCUACGGCAAGAAGCAGGUACCGUACGGCAAAGACCUGCAGGUGGACUGCAAGGCCUCCGGCGCCCCCAUGCCGGAGAUCUCGUGGGGCCUCCCCGACGGCACUGUGGUCAACAGCGCCCUGCAGGCCGACGGGACCAGCAGGGGGCGCUCCAGGCGCUUCAUCCUCUUCGACAACGGGACGCUGUACCUGAACCGAGUGGGCAUGGCGGAGGAAGGCGACUACACGUGCUACGCGGAGAACACCGUGGGCAAGGACGAGAUGCACGUGCACAUCACCGUGGUAACGGCGGCGCCUCGCAUCCGCGCGCCCAGCGCCACCUACGCCAGGGUGGCCCCGGGGGGGAACGUCCGCUUUGACUGCGAGGCCGUCGGAGAACCCAAGCCCAAGAUUCUAUGGAUGCUGCCGUCGAAUGACAUGAUCGCUGCGUCCAACGAGCGCUAUCUGAUGCACGUCAACGGGUCCCUCGAUAUCCGUGACGUCAAGCUGGUGGAUGCGGGAGAAUACGUCUGCAUGGCUCGGAACACUGCAGGAGAUGACAGUAAGGUCUACAAGCUGGACAUUGAUGGAAACCCACCUGUUAUCAACGGAUAUUAUCAAAACAGGACGGUGAUUAAAGAAACCGCAGCAAAAUACUCGAGGAAGUUCAUUGACUGCAAAGCCGUUGGAGACCCACCACCACACAUCACGUGGAUUAUGCCCGAUAACAUAUUUCUCAAAGCUCCUUACUACGGGAGCAGGAUUAACGUGCACCACAACGGCACUCUGGAGAUCCGCAACGUGCGGCCGACCGACUCCGCCGAGUUCAUCUGCAUGGCACGCAACGACGGUGGGGAGGCCGUCAUGGUGGUCCAGCUGGAGGUCACCACCAUGCUGCGCAGGCCCAUCUUCAAGAACCCUUUCAACGAGCGAGUGGUGACGCACAUGGGCAAAACCACCGUCCUCAACUGCUCUGCCGACGGUCACCCACGACCCGACAUCACCUGGAUGCUCCCGAACGGGACUCGUCUGUCCGCGGAGUCGGAACGAGGCUCGCAACAUCACCUGAGUGGCGACGGCACCUUCGUAAUCUACAACCCGGGCAAGGUGGACGCAGGGAAGUACCGCUGCGCCGCCAAGAACAGCGUGGGCUACAUCGAGAAGCUCAUCGUGCUGGAGGUGGGCCAGAAGCCGUACAUCCUGACACGGCCGCGGGGCGUCAUACGGAGCGUGGCGGGGGACCCGCUGUACCUGCACUGCCUGGCUGACGGCAGCCCUCGACCCGGCGUGUCCUGGACACUCCCGGGCGGUCUCGUCCUGACCCAGCCGCAGUCCACCGGCCGCUACCGGCUGAUGGAGAACGGUACGCUGCUGAUCCGCGACACGGUGCUACACGACCGCGGGAGUUAUCACUGCCGAGCGAGGAAUUCUGCCGGCGACGCCCUGCUCACGGUCCCCGUGGUGAUAGUUGCCUUCCCGCCACGUAUCACCACGGGCCCCCCGGCGACCAUCAGAGCUGUCUCAGGGGUUCCGCUGAAGCUCAACUGCCUCGCGACUGGACUCCCUACUCCCGAGAUCACCUGGGAGCUCCCUGACCGGUCGGUGCUCUCCACCGCGGCAAAGGGCCGGCCAUCGGGCAGCGAGCUGCUUCACCCGCAGGGAACCCUGGUCAUUCAGAAACCUACCAACGCGGACUCGGGCGCCUACAAGUGCUUUGCCAAGAACCACCUUGGCACAGACACCCGAAUCACAUACGUCAGGGUUAUAUGAGACUGUGUGUAGGGGAGGAAAGUACAAUGGUAUGAAAGACAUUUGACUUUACAGCCCUGCCAAAAUUGCCUUGCGUCAAUAUUUAUCUGCAAGCGCUAUUUCCAACUGCAACUCAUGUGGAAUAUAUGAGACUUGUUACAGCAAUGAGGCACGAAACAGGAAGUCUGUCGUUGAGACUGAUGAAGCCAAGAGCCGAUGGAUUGCCCUGAGUUCAGGAUCGGUUCCUUGGCAGGGCAUGCAGUAAUUGUGAGGUGUUAUUUUAAUUGGAACGACUCGGAGGUGUGGAAAGCCAACAGUGGCUCCUGGUUUACUGUUUCAGAACAAUGUAUGAGUCAGUUUAGCCUUACAGCAAGCGUUACACACACAUAGAGGGCCGGCCCUUAGCCAGGCUCAGGACAGGGAUACUAUUACCACAGCGGCAGAGAAUGAGUGAGAUCCUCUGGGAUUCCUUUCCCAGGGAUUUGGUCCAUGCACAGCCUACAAACAGUGGCAGAGUGAUCAGCACUGACUGAGAACAUGGUGGAAGGGAGGGCCUCAGCCUUACCAGAUUGCCUGUGGUCCCUAUCCAUACAAGCUAACCCAUUACCGUUUACAUUAUCCACACAGUAUACAUAUUUUGCAGUUUGAACACUGGAUUGAUAUAAUUUGCUACCAAGAUAAACACAUUUGCACCACAAUAGGUUGGCAUAUAAAAUAUGUAAAAUGAUAAGGCUUUGUCUAAAACUAUGCAGUUGUGGGUCUGAUGAUAAGAGUAUAUAAAAGAUUUGACUGCUUUUUAUUUAAUUGUGCAAAGUCAAAGUGCAUUUUUACAAUUAUAUUAUCCCUUUCUCGGAAUACAUGAACACACUUUUACUUUGUAAGUAAUAAUAUGUUAGUGUCAUGGAAAUAUUACAUAUCCUAAUAACAAUAAAUAUUGUUUUUGAGGGUAA